AUGCGCGCUCGCUUCGAGAACCUGGUGCUCAACGCCCAGGACUCGAUUAUCAAGGCCAUUGAGGAAGUCGACGGAAAGAAGUUUCGCAAGGACGCAUGGAUGAGGCCUGGUGGUGGUGGCGGGAUUAGCGGCGUUCUUCAGAAUGGCAAUGUGUGGGAGAAGGCGGGUGUCAAUGUGUCUGUCGUUUACGGCACUAUGCCCCGUGAGGCUUACCGUGCUGCCACGGGCGAGUCUGCUCCGUCUGAUGCCAGCUCCACUGGCGACGGACGAAUUCCUUUCUUUGCCUGCGGGAUAAGCUCUGUCAUGCAUCCAUGGAAUCCGUUCGCUCCUACUAUGCACUUCAACUAUCGUUAUUUCGAAACUGACGCGCCUGCUGGAGCGAAGGAUGCCCCCCGGGCGUGGUGGUUUGGUGGUGGAACGGAUAUCACUCCCUCGUAUCUCUUUGAGGAGGAUAUGAAGCAUUUCCAUGGGCUGCAAAAGGAGGCAUGCGAUAAAAUUGACACUUCCUUUUAUCCGCAAUUUAAGAAGGCCUGCGAUGAGUACUUCCUGAUUAAGCACCGUGGUGAACGACGAGGAUGUGGAGGGAUUUUCUACGAUGACAUGAACCAGCAUGACCCAGAUGUGCUCUUCAACCUUGCGAAAGAGUGCUCCGCUGCAGUGGUGCCUGCAUACGUCCCACUGGUGGUCAAGCGCAAAGAUACUCCUUACACGGAGGAGCAGAAGCAGUGGCAGCAGCUUCGCCGUGGCCGUUAUGUUGAGUUUAAUCUGGUCUAUGACCGUGGCACAACGUUUGGCCUUAAGACGGGAGGUCGCAUUGAGAGCAUCCUAAUGAGCUUGCCCCUUACGGCUCGAUGGGAGUACAACCAGGAGCCUGCUGCUGGCACUCCAGAGGCGGAGCUUUUGGAUGCUUGCAGGAACCCGCGGCACGCGCCUGCGGCGUCGCCUCGGCCGCCGGGUGGAGGCAGCGAGGCGUUGAUGCCGACGGCGGGGGAGGGCGAGGAGAUGGUGACGCUGCUGGAGGACGGCCGCCAGGAGGCGGACGAGGAGCGCGGCCGCGUUUCCACGCAGCGUCACUCCGGCGGCAAGGAGCGCGCGGAGAAGCACGAGAAGCGGCGGAGCCGCGGUGGCGGGGCGCACGGCGGGUGCUCGCAGGAUGGGUGGAACGUGCGGGAGAACUUCUGGUGGCUGUGGGGGGGCUCGCCGCACGCGGGGCUGCUGUGCAUGCUCACGUCCGCGCUGCUCUUCAGCUUCAUGGGCCUGCUCGUCAAACUCCUCUCAGUGCACGCGAUCCCGUCAUUUGAGACGGUGUUUGUGCGGUGCGCUGUGAUAGCGGCACUCUCCGCCCUGUGCCUGCACCGCAUUGGCCACCCGCUGCUCGGCGCGCCCACGCUUCGCCUGCUGCUGCUCGCACGUGCUGUGCUUGGCUUCAUCGCCCUCUCUGCUUUCUUCUACAGCAUCCAGGUGUUGCCGCUGAGGGACGCCACGCUGAUCAGCUUCACGCUGCCAGUGUUCACGGCCAUCAUCGCCAGUGUCUUCCUCGACGAGAAGUUCACCUCCAGAGAAAUCGCAGGCUCUGCGUGCUGUCUUCUGGGCGUGCUCAUGGUUACCCAGCCCCCCAUUGUGUUUGGAGGCCCACUGACACAGCAGGACGACCCAUCGCAGCGCCAUGAGAGUCUGGUGGGGGUGCUGGUGGCGCUGCUGGCAGCGCUGGUGGGGGCCGUGGCUCUGUGCCUCGUGCGCAGCAUCGGCAAGGCAGGGGAGCAACCACUGGCGGUUGUCUUCGUCUUUGCAGCCUUCUCCUGCCCAGCGUCCUUCAUUUGUCUCCUUCUUUUCCAGGGGUUUGUGAUGCCAUCAGCAUCGGAGCUGGUGGGCAUGCUGCUUGUGGGUGUCACCGCCUUCGCCGCUCAGGUACUACUCACACGUGGGCUGCAGCUGGAGAAGGCAGGCAGGGCGUCAGCAAUGCAGUAUAUCAAGGUGGUGGGCACAUUCUUCCUGGGGCUGCUCUUCCUGUCGGAGCGCCUCUCCCUCAAGAGUGCAGCGGGCACCGUGCUCAUCUGUGCCGCCACCGCAUUCAUCGCUGUGGGCGACCGGGAUGGCAGGGCUGACGAACGCGCUUGA